AAAAAGAAACAUAUAACAUGCAAACAUGCAAUAUAUUUCAAUUGAGUCGUUUUGAACUGGAUGUGUGCUUAUACAAAUUUAUUUGAUAUCGUAUUUAAUCUCAGCAAAAAACAUCAUAGCUUGGGGUCACAUACGUUCGUUGACCGAGCUCUUCCGAAACGGCACGAUAUUAUACGAAUGGUCUGUCCUGUCGGACUGCUGGAGGCGGCCACAGCGCCAUGUUGAACGAAAUCUCCCUUAACAGUGGAAAGGGGCUCGUAAAAUAACAUUCGGGGAAAACGUUUCUGCUCAGUUUUCAUAAAGGAAACCGUCAAGAAUACCCUGGCAAAGGGAAACGAACUGGAUCCUCGGGAACCCCGACCGGGGAGGGGGAACAGCCCCCUACCAUCCGAAAUGAAGAUAAACCACAAUAAUCGCUCGCUAGCUAGCAUUUGCUCGCUAAACUAUAGCUAAGCUAGUUUUCAAGGCUUUUUCUAUCCCAUUUAGCCACCGGCAACCUGCUUGUACAAGAAAAGGCCCGGCAUUGGCGUAACUCGCUAGCUAGUUUUUAUGUGUAUUAUUUUUAAACUAGAUAAGUAACUAGUUAGCUAUUUAUUACUGUAUUUUUUUUUAUUUUGUAACGAUUUGCAAUGAGUUUGCCGCCGAAAGCGGUACCGAAAUCAGCCGCUGCUGUAGGAAGUGGACCUGGAACCGGGCCGUCUCCCUCGAGUCAGCUGCGGGCUACCCUGACCACCGUACCGCUUCCAGGGCCCCCGGUCGCUCAGCAGCCGCCUGCAGUACCACCGACGCAAGUUUUCCUUAAUGCGUUGCACCCUAGGAUCCCAAGAGUACAGCCGCCGCUGGAAGACAGAAUCUUCCCCACACAGCCAGGAGUCACGGCCGUGUAUAGCAAAGGCAGAGUCAACGAGUUCAUUUGCUACCUGCCACCAGCUAUGUGUGUCCAGAGACCUCCGGGCCCCCCGUACACAGCCCAUGAGAUCGGCAAGGCCCACCCCAACCUGGCGGCCACUCCGCCGGGCCACGCCUCGUCUCCUGGCCUCUCUCAGGUAUCAGUUUCCACAGUAUCCACUGCGCAUCUGUACGGCCACCCUAAGGGCUGGGAGGCAGGCGGAGGGUCUCCUUACAGCUCUGGGCAGAAUGCAGGCACCAACCCGCUGGUGUACUCCCCGUCGACGCAGCCAAUGAACGCACAGCCUCAAAGCCGCCCGUUUGCACCGGGGCCUCGUCCUACCCACCACCAGGGAGGAUUCAGACCCAUUCAGUUUUUCCAGAGGACCCAGAUGCAAACGGCGCGGCCCACCAUUCCAAGCAACAACCCCUCCAUCCGACCGGCCUCGCAGACUCCCACCGCCACCGUCUACCCCUCCAACCAGCCCAUCAUGAUGACCAUGACAGCCAUGCCCUUCCCCUCGCCACAGACCCCCCACCAGUACUACAUACCACAGUACCGACACGGUACCCCAUAUGUGGGCGCGCCACAGCAGUACUCCGUACAGCCCACGGGUCCCAGUACCUUCUACACUGGGCCUAGUCCAGGGGAGUUCCCCACGCCAUAUGCGGGUCCUCCAUACUACCCUGGCCAGCCUGUGUACACCCCCUCACAACCCAUAAUAGUGCCUACACCACAGCAACCUCCACCUGCCAAGAGGGAAAAGAAAACAUCCUCCAAGAUCCGUAUCCGAGACCCCAACCAGGGCGGCAAGGACAUCACGGAGGAGAUCAUGUCUGGGGUCGGCGGGAGCCGCAACCCCACCCCACCUGUCGGACGGCCCUCCUCCACCCCCACCCCACCACAGCAGCUGGGCAGCCAGGUUGCGGAUCACGGGCCCGUUGUGUAUAACGUGGACGCCGCGGCCGCCGCCACCUCCUCCGCCCCCGCUGCCGCUCUCGGCCCCGCUCCCCCCGUCGACUUCAAACCAGAUGACAAGCCAAAACUGGAGGCUGUGACACUGAAGCCUUCAUCCCCAGGGCUGCGACCACCAGACCCUCCUUCAGAGCGAAGCGGACCUGUCCCACCACACGAACCUUCCACUUCCCCCUCCCCCUCCGCAUCUGCGCCUGUGCCCGCCACCACCACCAUCACCUUCUCUUCGUCUGACAAACCUGAGCUUCCUGCCUGCAGCCCGGAGGCAGGACCCUCUUCUUCCUCUUCCUCUUCCUCUGUAACUCCUGCUACAGCACCAGGCCUUACUCUCAUGGCUAAACCAGAGGCCGCAGCUCAGACCCUCCCAGAGCCCGCUCCUCGCUCAGAGGAGCCCAAACCUGCCCCGGUGGCCCCGAGCUCCACCCUCCAAAGGACCCCUCAGCCCGAGGCCGUACCCAGCCUCAGCCCUAGCCCCAGCCCCAGCCCAGCCGACCUGUCCCCUGUCAGUCCUGCAGUGUCCCCUGCUCCGAGCGUGGCCAUGACGGCUGUUAAUGGUCUGGCUGAGGCUGACUCCGCUAGCUCUGCUGCCCCUAUAGCCGCUGCCACCACCACCACCACCACCACCACCAUCCCCACCACCACUGCUGUCAGUGCUGCUGCUGAUGAUGCUGCUGCUUCUGCUGCUGCUGUUCCUUCUGCUUCCUCUCCGUGCAACAGCUCCAGCCCCCAGCCCAGCUCAGAGCCUCCCCAGCUGCCCUCUCUGCCCCAGCUCAGCCAGACGAGCCCAGCGCAACUGGCCCCGAAGCCCGAAUCAGGCCUCCGCGCUGCCCGGACUCCAAGGGAGCCAGACGCUACCGCCACUGCGGCCGCCGCCACGCCAGCGGUGCCCAAGGAGACCCCUGAGGCAGCUGCUGUGGAGCCGCCAGCCGUUGCCGUGGUUCCUGCGCCAACCAUCUCCUCCACAAGCACCUCCACCUCCACCUCCAUCAUCACUGCUGCUGUCGCUGCUCCUGUUGCUGUGGGCCCACCCCCAGUUCCAGCUCCAGCUCCAGCUCCUCCCCCAGGCCUGCAGCACCCGCCAGGCCUGCCCGUACCCCAGGCGCUCGUCCAGGCCAAGAGGCCCACGGAGGGCACGGAGGCCCCCAUGGCGGCGAGGGUAGCAGAGGUCACACACGAGGAGAAAGCGGACGCUCAGCAACAGUUAUCCAGAAAAAGCUCAAAUCAAGCUACACCUAGUGCACCAAAGACCUGGAAGAAGCCCAAAGAGGAGCCUUCUGCGGGAUCUGUCCCCAGUGCGGACAGAGAGGAGGAAGCGCAGGAGGGUGCGUCCACUGUGGCCGUGGACAAGUCCAGCCCCAGCCCGCCUCCCGUGGAGGUCAAUGCUGAGGUUGAGGAGAAGAAGCAGCCGCUGGCGCCCACGUCCCCGUCUCCGUCACCACUGGCCGUGGUAGCGGUACCGGCGGCGCCGGUGGUGGUGGAGGAGAACGGCGAACGAGAUCCAGAGCCGCUGAGGAACGGUGCUGAGCACACGUCCGAGACGGACAGCAGCGACAGCGGCCUCACGCCCGGCCCCCGGGACGGCUCCGGCGACCCUCUUCCACAACUCGCUGAAGAGGACAGGAAGAAGCAGUAUGACCGGGACUUCCUGUUGGGCUUCCAGUUCAUGCCGGCAUGCGUGCAGAAGCCCGAGGGCCUGCCGCCCAUCUCCGACGUGGUCCUGGACAAGAUUAACCAGAACAAGCUGCCGCAGCGGACGGUGGACCCGCGAGUCAUCUCACGGGGGCCAGAUUUCACCCCAGCCUUCGCCGACUUCAGUAGGCAGGUCACAGGAGGCAGAGGAGCACCGCUGCUGAAUGUGGGGGGUCUGCGGAGGCCACCACCACGCAAGAUCAUCAUGAACGUGUCAGUGGACGAUGUGCAGCUGAAGAAGGCUGAGAACGCCUGGAAGCCCGGCUUGAAGAGAGAGACCGCGGCGGUGGUGGAGGACCCCGACUUGUCGAAAACUCAGGAGCUCUUCCGCAAAGUGCGCAGCAUCCUGAACAAGCUGACGCCGCAGAUGUUUAACCAGCUGAUGAAGCAGGUGACCGAGCUGACCAUCGACACGGAGGAGCGCCUCAAGGGCGUCAUCGACCUCGUCUUCGAGAAGGCCAUCGACGAGCCCAGCUUCUCCGUGGCCUACGGCAACAUGUGCCGCUGCCUCGCCACACUGAAAGUGCCAAUGGCAGACAAGCCUAACAGCACGGUGAACUUCCGCAAGCUGCUGCUCAACCGCUGUCAGAAGGAGUUUGAGCGGGACAAGGUGGACGACGACGUCUUCGAGAAGAAGCAGAAGGAGCUGGAAGCUGCCGCCAUGGCCAGUGAGCGUGAGCGUCUGCAGGAGGAGCUGGAGGAGGCCAAGGACAAGGCGCGACGGCGCUCCAUCGGCAACAUCAAGUUCAUCGGCGAGCUCUUCAAGCUGAAGAUGCUGACCGAGGCCAUCAUGCACGACUGCGUGGUCAAGCUGCUCAAGAACCACGAUGAGGAGAGCCUGGAAUGCCUGUGCCGCCUGCUCACCACCAUCGGCAAGGACCUGGACUUCGAGAAGGCCAAGCCUCGCAUGGAUCAGUAUUUUAACCAGAUGGAGAAGAUUGUCAAAGAGCGGAAGACAUCCUCCCGCAUACGCUUUAUGCUGCAGGAUGUCAUCGAUCUGAGACUGCACAACUGGGUGUCGCGGCGAGCCGACCAGGGCCCCAAGACCAUCGAGCAGAUCCACAAGGACGCCAAAAUCGAAGAGCAGGAGGAGCAGCGGAAGGUCCAUCAGCAACUACUGUCCAAGGACAAUAAGAGAAGACCAGAAUCCCGGGCGGAGUCCCGGGCAGAAUCCCGCGCGGUGCAAAGAGAAGAGACCUGGAACACUGUGCCCAUGACCAAGAACAGCAGGACAAUAGACCCCAGCAAGAUCCCCAAAAUCUCCAAGCCUACCAUAGAUGAUAAGAUCCAGCUGGGUCCGCGGGCGGGAGCCCUGAACUGGAUGAAGGGCAGCAGCGGGGGAGCUGGAGCCAAGGCCAGUGAGUCGGACGCGUCCCGGUCCAGUGGCAGCAGUCUGAACCGCUACUCGGCUCUGCAGUCCUCAAGCUCUCAGGCCCCCAGUAGCCCCUCCACCCCGUCCGACUUCGACUCCAGGAGAAGUCUGAGCAGCCGCGGCAGCUCCGGGCGAGAGCGGAACGACAAGCCGGCGAGCUCAACUCCGUCUCGUCCCGGCUCCUUCUCUCUGGCCAGCGGCGGUAAGGAGCCCUCAGAAGAGCUGUCCCAGGAGGAGCCCUGCAGAGAAGCCCCCGACACGCCCAAACUGCAGGGCAGUGCCCAGGACAAGGCCAAGCCUGAGCGCAGUCGGUCCAGGGACUCGGUAAAACUUGAAGCCCCAGCAGCCCUCUCUCCUGAAAAGCCUGCCCUAUCAGAGGAGGAAAUGGAGAGGAGAUGCAAAGCCAUCAUUGAUGAGUUUUUGCACAUUAAUGAUUAUAAGGAGGCGGUGCAGUGUGUGGAGGAGCUGGAUCAGGCGUCUCAGCUGCACGUGUUUGUGCGGGUGGGGGUGGAGUCCACGCUGGAGCGCAGCCAGAGCACACGAGACCACAUGGGUCAGCUCUUCUUCCAGCUGGUGCAGGCCGGGACCCUCUCCAAAGUCCACUUCUGUCAAGGGUUCUCUGACACCCUGGAGCUAGCAGAUGAUAUGGCCAUUGACAUUCCCCAUAUAUGGCUGUAUCUAGCGGAGCUGGUCAACCCCAUGUUCCGCGAAGGAGGAAUCUCUAUGAGAGAAUUAUUUAGUGAAUUUAGCAAACCUUUACUCCCUGUGGGAAGAGCUGGGAUAUUAUUUUCUGAAAUAUUGCACCUUCUAUGCAAACAAAUGAGCCAUAGGAAAGUGGGGGCCCUAUGGAGGGAAUCAGGACUGAUUUGGGCAGAUUUCCUCCCCGAGGGCUCCGAUGUGCACAGCUUUAUCGCUGAGCAGAAGCUAGAGUUUACCCUAUCAGACAGCUUGAGCCUCAAUGAAGCACCUUCAAAGAGAACACUCUCGCCUGAGGAGCUGAACAAACACCUUGAAAAGCUGCUCCUGGAGGAUGCGGCGGGCGAUGAACAAAUCUUUGACUGGGUAGAGGCGAAUCUGGAUGAAGCUGAGAUGAGCUCCCCUCCCUUCCUGAGAGCUUUAAUGACUGCUGUGUGCAAAGCAGCAGUGAAAUGGGACGCCUCCUCCUGUAGAGUGGACACAGCCAUCAUCCAGAAGAGGUUGCCUGUAUUACUCAAGUACCUUAACUCAGACACAGAGCGCCAGUUGCAAGCACUUUAUGCACUUCAAGCAUUGAUAGUUAAACUGGACCAGCCCCCAAACUUGCUCCGGAUGUUUUUCGACUGUUUGUAUGACGAAGACGUAAUCUCGGAGGAUGCGUUCUACAAAUGGGAGUCAAGCAAAGACCCGUCAGAGCAGCAGGGCAAGGGUGUGGCCCUCAAGUCCGUCACAGCCUUCUUCACCUGGCUGCGCGAGGCCGAGGAAGAGUCAGAGGACAAUUGACGAAGGGCUGCAGGACAAAACUAAAAAAAAAAAAAAAAAAAAAAAAAAAACCAAUAGGAAGAGAAAAUGGACAUGUUUGCCAAUUAGUGCUAAAAAGGACAAUGGUCGCUGCAAAAAAAAAAGAUAACUGCAUUAUCUAAAACAAAACAAAACAUAACAAAGCCACACAUAUGAAUCGGCUGGAAGAGAAGAGGAUGGUUGAGAUGAAUGGGGGGAGAGGUUUAUGGUACGGUUUUCCACACCCACAGCGACGUGACUUAACUUUGCUGGAGCACUAAACAAAAAGAAGAAAAGAGGGAAAAAAACAUGUAUUAUUUAUAGAACUAUUUCAGUUAAAAGUUUUUAAUUUUCUUUCUUUUGUUACUUUUUAAGAAAAAGACUUUAAUAAUACGAAAAAAACGUGCUACAAAAGAAAAAAAAAACAUCAGUUCAGACUCUUUAAUUUAUUUUUUUUUAAGAACUGCAGAUAUGAAAUGUAUUUAACAUUUGCAGGUGGUCAGAAUGUGAAGGCUUUGGAGGAUAUAGAAAUAAUGAAUUAAAAUUAUGUUAAUAAUAUUAAUGAUUAAUAAUUAUGGUAAAACCUGUUCUAAACAGCCUCCCUAAUUUACCAGUUGUUCUGUUACAAACAAACAACGCGUCUGGGGCUGAAGACGUAAGGGUACUAAGGAGGAUUCAUGGUUUAGCACGUCAAAAAGUUUAAGGGUAUCAUGGGGAUAGCCACACCAAUUUCUUCUGCUUUAGCUUGCUCUAUGACACAUAUAAUCCGGCAAAGUGGCAGAACUAUGCAUUCAAGCCACUACCAAGAGGCCGUGAAGCAACAACAAAACAUUUGAAUGAAUGGAAAUAAAAGAGCAAGCAUCUUGUACAAAAACACUAAGAGAUGUUGCUGACCCUGAAGUGCUUGUAAUUCUUCAUACUGAUAGAGCAAAUCUAAAGCUUGUAAAUAAAUGAAAAAAAGAAAUAAAAAAACAAAACCAA